AUGUUAAGUUUCGUGGGCCAAGUUGUAGCAAGUCCAUUUCAUUCACCACAUGAAACAUCGGAUACACCAAAUGAAACAUCAGAUUCACCAAAUGAAACAUCAGAUUUACCAGAUGAAACAUCAGAUACACCGUGGAAAAUUUUAAAAAAUGUUGUCCGAAAGGCGAAAAAAGAUAGAACAAAACUGCAGGAAUUAAAAGAAAAUAAUCACGAACUCUGUAAGAAGUAUCUUAACCACCUUCGUCAAGAUUUAGCAACUCCAGAUGAGUGCCAAUCAGUAAAACACAUUGAAGAACAACUUCAGGAAAUUAAGGAAGACCUGGAAAGGAUACAGGAAAAGAGUUCUGAUAGAGUUGUUAUUGAAUUUGUAGGAGCUACAAGCAGCGGAAAAUCGACACUUAUAAACGCCUUGAUAAGGGAAGAACGUCUUCCAGCUGGCUUUACAGAAACAACAAUGUGCUUAAUUGAAAUUUAUACUAUAGAUAAUGAAGAAUGGAGUGUAAAAGUUAAUGGCAAAACGUUGUCUGAUAGAAAGGACAAGGAAGGCAUAAGAGAUCUCUUGUCUGCAAUGAGUAAAGAAGAUGUCCGAAAAGAACGCAGUCAUUUGAACAUAAACGAAGGAAGCGUGGUUCGCGUGGGUUGGCCGAAGAAGUUUAGUAGACAUCUUCCAGAGAACGUUGUCUUGGUUGAUUCUCCUGGUUAUGGCGAGAGCGAGAAUUGCGACCAAAUUGUCAAGAAUUCAUGCCAAAAAGCAGACAUAAUUGUAGCUGUUAUGGACUCAAUGUCUCCAUCUAAAGCGCACGUAAGUAAAUGCUACCAAUGUGCCGUGUGCAAAGGCAAGAAUAUUCUAAUAGGGGAAUGUGUAUGCGUAUUUCAACUUCAGGGCGGAAAAACGUAAUGAGCAUGCGUGAACUUUUUUGCCCAGAUCCCCUGGCCGGGUUUGAAAAAAUGGCGGGAUUUCAAAUAUUUUUUUGCCUAAAAAUAAAAUGCUUCCACUCAUAACCUGGAAAGGACAAGCAAUUUGUCUUCAAAAGUUGCAAGCUGUGGUUAUGACCUUCUCAUUACAUUAAUUUCCUUGCGUUGUACUGGAAAUGUGCAUGCGUAGGUCCAAUUUUUUUCAAGAUGCAUUCACAAAAUGUAUUCACAUAAAGAAGUUCCUGGAUAUCUAAGGUCCAGAGCUCCACUGUGACACAAAAACAACAUAUCUUUGUACUGUGAUUUGCCUAAAAAAUUUAAUACUUGCCCACAAUGUGUUUGAAGUCACUGAACUUUGCCGCACUCAAGCUGUUAUUUUAAAACCCACGCUCGAUCGGACACUCGUAGCUUCGCAGAUCACUAAAAUAUAAACAAAAUCCUCAAUGUAGAAGUUAUUGCGUUGAUAUGUGGGCAGAAAAAAGGUUAAUCUUCAUCUAGUAAAAUCUUCCCAAAAAUCGGUUUCAAAGCAACUAUAGUUUUUAGAACUUGAUCAUUUCACGCAGAUAAAUUUUGCUUUGUCGUGUUGUCAAGUUGAACAUGCAUCACAUCUGUCAAAAACCUAGCUACGCGUAAGUAAGAUUUCCUUCAAACAAAGUUAGUUAUAUUAUUGCAAAAACGUCUUCCCAGUUUUGUAUUUGAUUUAAUUACUGACUGAGGUCACUUUAAGGACCAUGCCAAACACACCAAUUUAAGCUCGCGAAGAGAUGAGACAAGCAAAGAGCAAUUCCAUCAUGCACAAAAUUCAGCUUAAGUGAACUAUAAAGCUUCAAUCAUGUUCAAUAACGUUGCUAAACAACAAAUUGUCAUUAUAAAACAUAAGGCUAGAGGCUCUUGGAUGACAAUGAAGAAAUGAAUCUUCUGUACGAAAGCAACCAACCUAAAGAUCUUAAAAGCAAAAGAUCAGUUGCAAGCUUCGCAGCCAAGGCAUGAUUCACCAUUUAGCUAUUUUUAAUAACUGGACCAUGCGAGGGUCUUAAUUUAAGCAAAUUAAACUCAGCAAAUCAUUAGAAAAUGCAGAAAACUGCAGAUAAGGGUUUGUUUCGCUCGCUUCAGUCAAAUCCAGCUCCAGCAAUUGUUUACGGGCAAAGAAACAAUUGUUUUGAAGUCACUACCGGCAGUUGUCGUUGUCCUCACAGCGAGUGAAAAGGAAAAUUUGGGUACAGAACGGGAAAACAAAACUAUCAAAUUAAGAAUGAAAAAAAAAUAAAAUAAAAUAAAACUUCUGACUAUUAUUACUUGAGCAACAGAAAAAGGAUCGAAGUACUCUUUUCUUCUCAGUGUCGGUGGCUAGUCAUGGAUAUUUACCUCACUGUUUCGCAGUUCGGAAAAUUUCCACGACUACCCACCUCCACUUCGGUGAAUAAUUGUUGUCUAGCCACCGACACUAAGAACAGGGGUCUUUUUUGCAUGAGCAUGCGCGACCGCUGACUUGUCAAAGAGCACGCGACCAGUGACAGCGACCGUACUGCAUAGUCAUAGGAACCAAAUUGUUCACUUUGAAAGCUUGCUUGAGAUUGAAAUGGUAGCCUGAACUUAGGAAAGACCUUUGUUGUACAAAAUAAGUAAAGAUCUGUUGAUUUAAAGUGGAGACUGAUGCGCUGAACAAGGUCAAAGAGCAAGUUUCUCAAGGAUGUCUGACACGAACAUGGUUGCUUGUUGUUGCUGGGCACUCGACUCGUGUCUUGAUUCCUCUCUAAGAACCGCAAAGUUUGGCAUAGAAUGCAUUGCUGAUGCGUAGCUAUUGAGCAAAAUGUUCUUUAUUUAUUGUUUGUCUAUAAAUUGGACGUAAAUUAGUUUCUCGAUGCCGUAGAGGAUUUCUGUCAAUAAUUUGUUAAUAGCUGAUUUAGCCAUAUUUCGGGAGUGGAUUAAUAACGAUCAGCGGGCGACUACCACGCCGUUUUCAGUUGGAAUAUAAAGUUUUUGCCUUAAGUAUUUUAGCGAUACAAAGUUUGUUUAUAGGAAAAUUGUAGAACUUCUUGUUUUUGCGUGGACUAACAUUGUAACGCAUCUUUUACAGGAAUUUGGUUUUGGCCAGAACUUAAAUGUUCUAAUGAUUUUUAACUCUUGGUCGGCAUCACAUGUUUACUGUACUUCUUGUUAAACCUAACCGUUUGUUUCAUCAAAAUCGGUCACAAGAUUGGACUUUAAUUUCGGUCCUAUUGAAUGCAGUUUUGAUUGUGUCUAAUUGAUAUUCAUUUUUUUUUUGUUCGAGACAUACAGAGUGACUACCACCAACAUCUCACCAGGUGACAAAUCUACGUCUGGUGUGCUCUUAAAUUUGUAGCUUUAAAGUGCUGGGAAAAUUGUAGAACAUAUAUUAAUUCACUGCUGAACUGACCAUCGGCUUUCGCGCACUUCGAACCCACUCGCUGAAAUUUGCUAUGUUUUUUUUAAAAUAUUUCUCUUCCUUUCCCAUUUCAAAACAAAGAAAAUUGAAAGUGUUUACUUGCGUCAACAAACGUUUCUGUACUUUGUUUCGACUUUGAUGAGGUCAGCGCAAUCCUCCAGGCACUACAUAUACGCGCGCUGUUGUCCAGGUCAAGUGGGGAGAUGAAAUUUGAUAGUAGCUCGUGUAUGUUAAAGCCGGUCUACUUCGCUUUUUUUAAGACCAUGUUAGAGGUUUUUUGCAAACUACACAUUUUGUUAAAUCACGAGCACAUUCGCCAAGACCAGCGAGCAAAAUAAUCGCUAUGAUAGCUUUGAGACGCGCCAUUUUGAUGAAGGCAAACCCUGUGGUGAGCCUCCAUACACAUCGCUUGUUCAGCGGUCGCGCAUGCUCAUGCAAAAAAGACCCCUGUUGACACUGAGGUGAAUAACUGUUUUAGUAUAUGAGAUAAUUGAGCACAAAAAUGACGAUUUUUUAACUCAUUUACUGUUGCCAACGAUUACAAUUUUGGCCCGCGAUGACCGAACGGCCGCGUUCGUCGCUUUUUCUUAGCGACAAAUAGAACUUUUGAAGGCAUUUGUUUAGCUCUUGCGGGGAAGUUUCUUCAAAAGGAGUUGUGAAUUCUUUUUGUAUUUAAAAUAAUUCUGUAAAAAAGAUUAUUAAAUUUAGUUUUAAGCUCAUUUAUGAACAAGUCAACUAAAUAAAGUAACGCAAGACUUAAGGUGGCUCCCUAGAGUAAAUUGGCCGUGCGCAGCCUGAGCACUAGUAUGGCGCGAGCUUUAAAAUCUGCGCGACGUCCACGCAAAAAUUAAAACAAACAUGAACAUGGCCUCUCAGUUUCGAAAUAUUCCCCGCAAAAAACUUUAUUAACUUUCUAUUGAAGCUCAUUGUGCAAAAAGUUUGAUUAGUGUAGGUCAAACAUUUAUGAGAGGAGACAAUGUUACACCGGUUACAAGUCGCUACCGAUCUCCAAAAGAGUAAAUUGUAUGUAAAAACAAAGCAGAAAUUUUCCAAUUAAGACAUCAAUUCUUUCGCUUCAAAAGUAGACAAACGUCAAAUAGUCGAAGUAAAUGGGCAAUGUUUUUGCACAACGAGAAUUGACACAGAUUGACCACAGAUUGACCCUUGACGAAGCAAUAGUUGUCCGUCGAGACCUACGGUCUUGUACAUGUAUCUGAGGACAUAAUGUACGAUUUAUAGAUCGGCGCCAUCGUUUACAGCAGACUUUUAAAGAAAAACUUCGCCGUCGAAAUUAUCCCUAAAGAAGAACAAGGUUGAAAAAGUAUCCGGAAGUGGGCUAACAUUUGAAGAACUGCAAACAGUGUACAGCAGAUUAGGAAAUGAAGGGCUUAUGGCGAUCCUUGCACAACCACCGUCUUCAUCUCCGAUGAUCGCCAUCUUCACGAGUAACCUGUUAAACCACCAUGCUUCGAAUUUUAGCUACAAUAGUCAAGUACUUCGAAGAAAACAUCCUGUGUUUGGUAUAAAAUUGAAUCCGCUAUCUCUCCUUUUUCAACUGGCGAGAUAUCACCGUAAUGAUACCAAUAAAUGGCUUCAAAACAAUGGCUUCCGUACUCUUCAAGGAAACCACCUGUUUUCAGUAGCUUUGUGCAUUAUGCGCAUGCGGGUGUGAUGGCUCGCGCGCGUAUUUUGCUCAUACGACCCCGAACCACGCGUGUUUUUCCGAUUUUUGUGACGUCAACGUAGUUUAUUAACCGCGAAUUUUUCGCGUUUCCUUCGGUAAUUUUUUUUUUAAAAAUCGCCUCAUUUCGUGACAGUUACACUACCUUUGUACUGUCCUAUUUUUGUUAAAAUCUGUAGGAGCUAAAUUCCUCCAUUAAGAAAAAUUACAAAUUUCAAAAUAUUGGCAAAACCGUCUUAACGACCCCAUGGUUUUUCCACUUUAAUAUAAAGUGGCAAAGUUUAAAGACAUUUCACCGAGGGAAAUAAGAAAUAUUAAGAAAAAAAUGAUCAAAAAUGACAAAAUCACUGCCUGUCUAAGGAUGCGAUGUUGCCAUGGCAACGGCCUUAAUCCAGCAAAUGAAACUUGAUAAAGGAGCCUUCUUAUGUGGGUAACCUUGGCGGUGAAUCUCGUGAACAAAAUCGCAAAGACAAAGUAACUAGAUAUCGUUCUGUAACGUAUGCUAGAUAGCUAGGGUUAUUAGUAAAUACUCUAGGGAGCCACCUUAAGCUUAAUUUGCAUUUGUAAACAAAAAACUUUUUCACCGGCUUUAUCGAUAAAUUCAAGUCAAAAAGACAAAAAGCUUUACCUGUUAAAACUUCCAAACCGAACUUCGUCACCUUCAUGUAUUUCGGAAAUAGCUUGCUUGAUACGUUGUGAAAUUUCUUAGUUUGUUACGGCAGCAAACCGGGAAGGCAUUUUGCUCGCAACUUACGCGAGUUUGGCGUCGCUCCCUCGGAGGAACUGGAGGUGAAUCAAUGAAAAGUGCAGGAUAUUCACUGAUUGAGUAGCCGAGCGCGCGAAAAACACUAUCCACUGUUUUAGUAUAUACUAAAUCUAUAUAUUAUCAAUUCAAGAAAACUUACUAUAGGUAGAAAUUUCUUGUUAUAACUUAACUACCUCGCGUGAGAAUAUUGACGGCUCAUUACGCCUGCAAGAAUGCAAAGAUGAAUCUGACAUCUAUGAGUAGCAGCGGAUUGAACUUUCGAAUAAUGACUUCAUUAAUGGAUGCUGGGGGGUGCACCUGACCUGGCUUGACUGUAAUGACAGAAGAUAAAAUAGUUCCUAUCAAAUUCUCUCGAACUGAAGAUAAUUGCAAUCAUGAAGACAAUGGAUGCAUGGUGUAUGUGUUUUUUAUAUAGUCGCCCGGGCGAGACCGCUAUAAAUGGGUAGGCAAAAAUCAGCCGCCUGCUCUCUUUGCCUAGUUCACUUCAAGCUGAAACUGACAAACCAUAGAAUUUCUUAUCUCGAAAACACCGGCAUCCGAUCUGUCCGAUCCAGUAGACCUGAACCGUUCUAAACCUAUUUUUUCACUGUUCCCUUUUAAUCGUCUAGAAAACUCUUCAUGCUCUCGUUUAAGCGUUGCUGAGGCAGUGAGACAUUUUUUCUUUUCUUUUUCCCGGGGAGCUUGAAAGUCGGCGGACGAGCAUCAAAAAAGGAAAGAAGGACCGCUUGGUCGUAGGUUAAUUGCUGCCUACUUUGUUCUUCCCCUUUACAAGGGCCUUUACAGUGUUCUUUGUCUUUAGUUGCCGGUCAAAUAAUUAUCUGUCAAAUUAGCUCUCUAAACAUGACACAGUUAACAGACUUAACAUUUCGUUCGAACUUUUGUUGGAACAUUUACUUUGCUACUUGUAACCGCCGUCAUAAUCGUCUGUAUUUCAGGUUACAGUAACGACAACAGCCAUCAUAGGAACGGAGGGUGGUCUGUUGCUUGUGGCAUAACUACUGACUCGUCCCCAGUCGUUUCUCUCUACCUUUCCCUAGUGGCGCGCGGGGUGUAAUGGGAAGGAGGAAAGCGAACGAGAGAGACGACUGGGACACUCUGUGUCGAAAAGAUGUGCGAGGCCGUUUUUCCUUGAUUUAACGCCGUAGGAAGUUUGUUCCCUUUCCAUCACCCCCUGCUCCCGCCGUGCGCGUUAUGCGAAGAUGACUGGGGACGAAUCAAGCAUAACCUAUCAGAAACCUAUGGAGUGUACUCAGAAACUCAUAAACCCUUAUGGGUCACUGAUGUACUAUAAUCACCCCACUUAUUUUAAGGUCACCAGAUUAGUAAAAGAGGUGAACUGCCAGUAUGCAUUUGGUGUCUUCACAAAGUGGGAUGAAGCCAUACAAAAGCAUGAAAAGGAGCAUAGUCAAAUAUCCUUGGAUUAUGUGAGGGAAAAGUACACAAAACAGUACCUAGAAAGCGUUAACUCACACGACCAAAGGGCGACGAUUGAUGAGGUAUUCUUCGUUGAUAGCCAGCACGUGUUAAGACAAAUUAAG